AUGAACUUUGACCCGAGUGCUCCGUACGACGGUGGUGCGGGUCAGUUUGCAAGGGGGUUUGGUUGUUUCACCGAAGAACAGGUUGCCUGCGUGUGUGAGGUCUUACAGCACAGCGGAAACAUCGAAAGAUUAGCUCGUUUUCUCUGGUCCCUGCCAUCUUGCGAGCAAAUCCAGAAAAAUGAGAGCGUUCUGAAGGCGAGGGCCAUCGUGACCUUCCAGAGAGGUCACUUCAAGGAACUUUACAACAUCGUCGAAAACAAUCACUUCUCGCCCCACAACCACGCCAAACUGCAAUCUCUCUGGCUCAAGGCACACUACGCAGAAGCUGAACGAUCACGUGGAAGGCCGCUUGGAGCUGUAGGAAAAUACAGAGUCCGUCGCAAGCACCCUCUCCCGCGGACGAUAUGGGAUGGCGAGGAGACGAGUUACUGCUUUCGUGAGCGAUCCCGGCAGAUCCUGAGGACGUGGUACUCCGCCAACCCCUACCCGUCCCCCAGAGAUAAGAAGCAGCUGGCCGAAUGGACGGGGCUGACCACCAUUCAAGUCAGCAACUGGUUCAAAAAUCGCAGGCAAAGAGAUCGAGCUGCCGAAGAACAAGAUAGGUCGGUUGGUUGGUUUGUUGGUUGGUCGGUUGGUUAG